AUGGGGUCGACCAUCCCCCUUGUUGGCCCUGGUGCCAUAGAUAUCCAAAAUUACUCGGUGGGGCAUUUGAUUGAUCAAAGUAAUAAGGUAUGGAAUGAACAGUUAAUACGACAGCUAUUUUUACCAGAAAUGGUUCAAAGUAUUUUGAAUACUCCUCUAUAUCCUCAAGUACAAACUGAUAGUUUGCUUUGGAAGGCCGAGAAGAAUGGCUGUUACUCGGUCAAAAGUGCAUAUCGCGUUUGUGUUGAAGAUGUUGUAAAUAAUGCUCAUCUGCGGAAACCAGGGUAUUGGAGUGGUAUAUGGAGAUUGAAGGUACCCCCAAGAGUGAAGAAUUUAGUAUGGAGAGUGUGUAGAGAAUGCUUCCCUACAAGGGUAAGGUUGAUAAGCAGAGGAGUCAAUUGUCCAUCAACUUGUGUUAAGUGUGAGGAUCCACAUGAAGAUUGCUACCACAUAUUUUUUCAUCGCAAGACCGCCAUAGAUGCUUGGAACGCUGCAAAUGUCUGGCAUUUGAUUGCACCAUCCCUGAGUCAGUUUGAUAAUGCACCAGACAUUAUAUUCAAUAUAUUGCAAAAAUUAGUCGACAGUCACAAUUCUGGAAAGAGCAAAACAUCUCCUAGAAGGAUGGAGGAAAGCGAACCAAAAGCAGGGCCUUUUAGGUCAGACUCACUUGCAAACUCAAGUCCUCAAACUCAUGAUGGUCAGAACACGGACAACAGGCAUGGUAACAUCCGAUGGAGGAAGCCAAGGAGUGGAAGACUCAAAUGCAAUGUUGAUGCCUCUUUCUCUACAUCCAGCAAUAAAGUAGGUAUUGGUAUGUGCAUUUGCGAUUUGGAAGGAAACUGCGUCCGUUCAAAAACCAUGUGGUUUUCACCACUGUGUCCAGUUAACAUUGGAGAAGCUUUAGGACUUUAUCAUGCAACUCGGUGGAUCAAUGAACUUCAGCUCACAAAUGUUGAUUUUGAGGUAGAUUUGAAAACAAUAGCUGAUUAUUUUAACAAAGCCAGAGGAGAUAAUACCAAAUUUGGAUCCAUUAUGGAGAAUACUAUCCAGUUUUGCAAUAUCUUUUUAACAAACUCUCAUGUUUUAUUAGGAGGCAAGCAAAUGAGAUUGCUCAUGAGUUAG